AUGGCAGGGCAACGGGUGGCGAGGCUGGAGAGUAAGGAAUUGGAGGGAUGUGGGAGUGAUGAGGACGAGGAGAUGGAGCACGAUGAGAGCUCCAAGGUCCAAUUGGAACCACAGCUGCUGUUCAAGUUCCCCCCUGGCAAGAAACUCGCUCUCUCUCCUUCGGAUCUGCCAGGAUUCUGCUUUCCCAACGGGAUCAAGGCCACUGUGCUGCGCCGAAGCCCUUCCAUGAGCGACCUGCAUCGAGUAAUUUUUGGACAGGCAUACCAGCGUUCUGACGACUCUGCAUUUGUCUUUCUUCUCAAGGUGGCAAACAACACGACGCUGUACGGCGUGUGCAUGGUGGUGGAGGAGAUAGUGCAGCGCCCACCAGGCGUGCUCGCAGUGGCAGGCGACGGGGCCGUGUGGAGGGACGCUGAUGAAGCCGAUGCAGCCACACACGCGAAGGGAAGCCGGGAGAUGGAGCCAGGGGAGGCGACCGAUGGCGGCGGGGGGGAAUACGGGGGAGUUGAGGGCGGUGGGUUGCGGUGUGUGGUGACAGCGCCGCGGUGCUACUGCAUCUUAAGCCGCGUGCCCUGCAUUGAGCUGCACUUUGAAGUGCUGCGCAGUGUGCUGGUGCAGGAGCGACUGGACCGCAUCAAGCAGCACAGCGGCGCCAUAGCAGUCCCCAGAGGCCUCCCCAUGCCCAUGCCCACGCCCCACUUCAUGUCCCGGACUGCCAGCAUCGAAGCUCCUCCUCUUCCCUCCUUAAGCAGCUGCACUGAUGCCACGGCUGCUGCUGCUCGUAGGCUUGGCAAUGCGUCCGGUGGUGCUGUUGGUGGCCGCAGCAGUGGUGCGAUUGCCAGUGGGGGUGCUGGUGGCGCUGCUGCUGCUGGUGGAGGUGCCAAGAGCAGAAGUGGGUUGUUGAGGGUCAAGAGCAGGUUCUGUGAGGAGGACGUGGCAGCAUGCAGGGGGCAGGGGGGGCAGGGAGGAGAGGCACCAGCAGCAGGAGUAGCAGGACGUGAGAUUGAGGGGAGGAGAGACUUGGAAGAGGCGAGGGGGGGUUGUGGACUGGAAGCCAGAAGGCAGGGGGGUGCGGCAAAUGAACAUUACCCCGUGCGAGGGGCAGAGGAUGGGAGCUUUUGCAGUGGGCACGAUGUGGAAGGAGGGGGAGUGCGGGUCCGGGAUGAGGGUUGGGGGGAGCAUGAGGGGAGGGAGGAAGAAGGCGAGGGGGCAGAGGGGGACGAGGGUGGAGAGAGGGGAGCAUGGCAGUCCACCGUCAUCCCUCUCGCGUAUCUGCAGCAGCUGCACUUGAACGCAGCAACAACCUGUGAUCGUGCUCUUGCUCGCAGCUGCAGCACCAGCAGUAGCAAUAACAACGCUGCAGAAGGGGGAGAGGGUUGUGGCAGUGGCGUAUCGAACGUCACGGUCGCAGCAGGCAAGGGGGAAUCCGGGCGGAAGGGGGAGCGGGGCGCAGGGCCCCCCGGAAUGAUCCGCGCGCGGAGCGUUCGGCUACCAGGCAGCGGAACCGGCGGUUUGCGCAACGCGUUCCCUGCUGCGCCCGCUGCGGCGGAAAGCAACAGCUCUGAUGAUAGCGAGACGGAUAUUAACGAGGACAGCUCUGAAGCGAGUGACGACGUGAGUGACAAAGGGGGAAGGAGGCGGAGGGGAGCGGAGGAAGCGAGUGCUCAGUUGGAUGUGGGGGGCGGACGGCAGAUGCACGACGCGGACUGGGAGCUUGAAGCGCCUCCUGCGCGCGCCGCAGGAGAGGGAGCGGGGGAGGGGGAGGCAGAGGGAGAGGGAACGGAGGAGGGGGAGGAGGGGGAGGAGGGGGAGGAGGGGGAGGAGGGGGAGGAGGGGGAGGAGAGGGAGGAGGGGGAGGAGGUUGAGGAGAGGGGGGAGGAGGGGGAGGGCAAUGUGUGCAGAGAGUCAGCGUACGAUGAGGAGGAGAGGCUGUUGCGCGAGGUCGCGGAGAUUCUGGACCUGUGGGAGCAACGCGGAGAGCGGGGAAGCGCGGGCGGAAGCGGAGCGGAAGCGGCGGGCGGAGCGGAGCCAGACACGCAGCUUUGGGCUCCGGACGCGGGGGCGAGUGCGGGGAAUGGGGUGGAUGGGGAGGAAUUAGGCGCGCAGGUUUGGGCCAGGGACACCCCCGAUGAUAACGCGCUGAGCAGUAACGCGGACGGCCGCGCGAGAGGGGGCCAGGCGCAUGGGAAAGGAGGCGCGGAGAAUUGGGCGAGGUGGCGCGAGUGGGAGGAGUGGGGGUGGGAGUCCCCGGCGAGGAGAGCGCGGGGCGAGAGCGUGAGGCAGGGAGGCAAGGCGACGACGAGCGGCAGCGUCUUCUCGGGGCUGCCGGGGCUAUUCCGCAACCUCACCACCACUGGUGCUAGCCGCAGCAGCAGUCGCAACAGCUACCAGUGGCUGGAAGAAUGCGCUGCUCUGGCUGCUUACGAGGAUGGCGGGGGGCGGGCGGGCAGGGCGGAAAGGGGGAGCAGCGGGGCAAGGCCGGGCGGAGGAGGCAGGGGAGAAAGUGGGGACAGGUGGGACGAGCAGACAGGGGGAGGGGACGCUUCAGGGUGGUGCGUGAGGGGUGAGAGAGUGGGAGUGGCGAUGGGAGAGGAGGGCAUGGAGGAGGGAGAGAUGGAGGAAGAAGAGGGGAAGGUUGACGGGGGCGAGUUUGGGGGAGGGCGUGCAGCAGGGUGGUGUGUGAAUGAGGAGGGCAGUGCGGGCGUGGGGCAUGGCGGGUAUGAAGAGGCGCGUCAAGUGAGUGGGAGGCAGUGCGUGACACUGGGGGCUGCGGGGGGCAUGUGCCUGAGGAGGGAGGAGGAUGGGGCAGGGUUGAGCAGUGCUGCUGGAGAAGGACGUGGCUGCUCUGCUGCUUACCUCAACUUCCUUCGAUUGCAAACGCUUAACGCCUAUAUCCCCAACCAUUUCCACCCUUUACUUUUGCCCUCCCCGUCCUCAUUCUUCUCCCCCUCCUCCCCCUCCUACCCCUACUCCCCCUGCUCCCCCUACUCCCCCUACCCCCCCUGCUUUCCCUUCUCUAUCUCCUCCCUCGCCUCCCCCAACCUCAUCCUUCCUCCCCCCUCCCCCCAGCAACACGGCAACGACUCGCUACGCAUUGUGUGCGCCUACAACCGCAUGCCCCUGCCGCCUCCCGCGCAGCCCAUUGUCUUCCACCCCCUCCCCCACCACCAACCCAUCGUCUACUCCCGCCCCAUCCUCCCCCUCCCCCGCUCCCUGCGGCCCCUCUCCCCCACCUCCUCCUCCUCCGCCUGCUGCUCCCCCUCCUCCCAACCCUCCUCGCCCUCUUCUCUCCUCUACUCACAUGGGUCCGCUGUUGUGGCGGAGCACCAAGCCAACUCAGAGGAAGCCUUGGGCUUCUCUCCUUUCUCCAUCGUCUCUCUCUGCCGCUGCCUCUCCCUCGACAAUGUUCUGCUCUUCCUCGCAGCAGUGUUGCUAGAGAAGCAGGUCGUGGUCAUUUGCCCCAACAUGAGCCUGCUCUCCUCUGCUGUGCUGGCCAUUGUGCCUCUCAUCCGCCCCUUCAUAUGGCAGUCCGCUCUUCUCCCGGUCCUUCCAUCACAGCUGCUGCCAUUCCUCGACGCCCCAGUCCCCUUCGUGGUGGGUAUGCAGACCCCCAUGGUGUGCGUGAGGGAGAGGGCCUCCUCCCUCGUUAUAGUCAACCUCGCUAAGAACAAGGUGUGUCUUCCCUGCGACCUGCCUCUUCUACCGGAGCACCAGGACCUAGCAGCCUGCCUGCUGCCCCACCAUGCUGCCAUGGCAGGGGAUGCCGAUGCCGCCACCCGACUCGUCUUUCGCACCACUCCGGAACAGUACGCUCCCCGUCCUUAA